AUGGCUCUGCCAAUAGAGGGCAAAUUAUCCAUGGCAAAUAAUAGGAUCGAAAGGUUAAAAUCACCCUCGUCUUCAUCAACAUGCUCAAUGGACGAGGUUCUCAUUACUUCAAGCAAUAACAGCAGCUCUAUAUGUUUAGAGACCAUGCGUCAACUUCCUCGGGAAGGUGUUUCUGGUCAGAUAAAUAUUAUCAAGGAAACUGCAGCUUCGUCCUCUUCUCACGCUGCUCUCUUCAUCAAGCAAGAUCUUUACGAGCAUAUAGAUCCCCUCCCUGCUUAUCCACCGAGCUAUGAUCUAGUAAAUCCCAAUAAAGAGGUCCGCUUUCCUAUAUUUGGUGACACGGCACCAUGCCCAAAGUCUUCUCUCCCUCCUUUGUAUGCACCUGCAGUAUAUGAAUUGACGUUGAUAUCCUUAAAAUUGGAAAGGCUUUCACCUUAUGAAAUUUCUAGUAACAGGAGCUGGAGGAAUUUCAUCAUUGAAAUUAAUUCGACUCAACUAAAUUUUUACCAUAUUGACGAAUCUUUGACGAAACACAUUAGGAAUUAUUCAAGCGGGGAAACAAAAUCUGAAAAAGAGGAUAGAAUUCAUAGUGACUUGGUCCAUCGCAGUGAUCAAUCACAACAUCUGCAUCACCGUCUCUUCACUCUACCGACGAGAUCAGCUUCGGAGUUUAAAAAAGCAGAUCAAGAACGGAUCUCUUAUAGAGUGAAACGUGAUCGAUCGCGGUAUUUAACCGAUGAAGCUCUUUACAAGUCUUUCACUUUACAAAAUGCAAGAUUUGGGAUACCAACGGAUUAUACCAAGAAGAGUUUUGUGUUAAGAAUGUCUUGUGAAAGCGAACAGUUUUUAUUACGGUUCUCUCAUAUAGAUGAUAUGAUUGACUGGUCUAUGUACCUAUCAAUCGGGAUAUCUGUGUCUUUGGACUUGGAAGUCAGGGAGUAUCCAGAUUAUCGAAUUGUUCCCAGAAGAAGGAGAAGGAGAAGGAGGAGAAGGAGGAGAAGAAGACACACUCAUAGAAGUGAGAGUUCGAUGGGGUCUUUUUCGCAGAGAUUCAUUCGUUCGAAUUCCAGACCGGACUUAAUCCAAAGAUAUAGUACCGGGUCUAGCACUAAUAACAAUACAACUAUCAGGGAACGCUCGAAUACUUUCACAGCUGGUCUACUAGAUCAUUACUGCACUGGCCUCUCAAAGACGCCUACAGAGGCAUUGAUAUCUUCGGCUGCAUCAGGAGAAUCCAGUGAUAACAGUACCCUGGGAUCAACAAGGUCAUUAUCUGGUUGCUCAGCUUCCCGUUCGAUUGCAUCUAGAAGUUUAAAAUUUAAAAUUAAGAACUUUUUCAGGCCUAAAAAUUCUUCACGCACAGAAAAGCUUCACAGACUCAGGUCCAACUCAAGUAACUUAAAUAGUGUUAUUGAAACGGAAGAAGAUGAUGAACACCAUGAAUCAAGCGGGGGAGAUCAUCCAGAGCCUGGUGUUCCAGUAAAUACCACCAUUAAAGUAGAGCGUCCAAUGCACAGAAAUAGAGCUAUUUCCAUGCCCCAAAGACAGUCAUUGAGGCGUGCAAUUAGCGAGGAGGUUGUCCCCAUCAAAUUUCCAAAUAGCACAGUGGGUGAAUCAGUUCAUUCACCCUCUCCUAUUGAGCAUCUUUCCGUUGAUGGCUGCGAGAUUAUGCUGCAAUCACAAAAUGCGGUUAUGAAAGAGGAAUUACGGAGUGUUGCGUCGAAUUUGGUAGCCAAUGAAAGGGAUGAGGCAUCUAUUAGACCUAAACCUCAAAGCUCUUCGAUAUACCUAUCAGGAUUAGCUCCUAAUGGGGAAUCCGCCACAGAUUUAUCCCAAAGCAGUAGGUCGUUAUGUCUCACAAACCGUGACGCUGAAAUCAAUGACGAUGAAAGCGCUACUGAGACCGAUGAGGACGAAAAUGACGGUGAAACCGAUGAAUAUGCUGGCGAUGAUACUAAUGAUGAUACUGAUGACAGUAAUAUUGGUUAUGCUUAUGGCAGUGAAAGUGAUUAUUCAUGUUUAAUUGAAGAACGAAUAAGAAAUCGAAGGCGAGCAUCUUCUACUCUAAGUUGCUUCUCCAAUAUACCUUACGGAACGGAUGAUAUUAAAUGGAAACCAGCUAUUAAGGAAAUUUCAAGAAGGCGUUAUUUGAGGGAUUCUCUGAAGUGCAUCAAACCAUUUCUAGAUAGUAACGACUGUUUGGGUAAGGUUAUCUAUAUUCCAGUUUCGGGACCAACCUUUGAAACAAGUAAUAAAAUUCACUUUAGCAACCGCCAGAGCUUACAGAAGCAGAAGAAUCAUUUUUUAAAAGGCUUCAUCGUGGGACCUACGGCGUUGAUAGAACUUAAUUGUAAAAAUAAGAAUGCAAUUGUUGGAACAACAAAGGACGCUGAAGAUCAUGGGGAGGACGACGGUGACGGUGAUGAUGGUGAGGAUGAUGAUGACGACGACGACGAUGAUGAUGAUGAUGACGACGACGAAGACGACGACGAUGAUGAUGAUGAUGAUGAUGACGACGACGAUGACGAUGAUGAUGGACAGAUUACUGCAUAA